UCAGGGGGCGGACAGCAGAAAACGGAAGUAGAAGUUAAAUUUGUUAAGGUCAAAAAGAGAGCUUUGGAGAGGUUGACAACUGAAGUAAUGCAGUUGCAUGACAUUCUGCCCAAGAUAUUGAAUAGUGAUAUCUUAGAAAGCUUUCAGAAACUGGAUGCUCUUGAAACAAUUGUAGAAAAGAAAGCUAAUGAACUGGAACAAUUGAGAAUGGAUUGUGAACACUAUAAAGCUCGCUUGGAAGCAGCCCAGGCAGACUGUGUGAGAGAAAGAAUGGAAAAAUUAAAUAUUCGACAGCAGCUGAAUGAUGCAAAGCAACAAUUAUUACAACAAGCUGAAUAUUGUACAGAAAUGGGUGCUGCAGUAUGCACAUUAUUAUGGAGUGUUUCUAAUAAUGAAGAAGCAGUUAAAAAUAUUCUAGGAAGUGCUCAGGCUGUAAAGUUUUUUACUAUUGCUGGACAAACAAUGGAGAGUUUUGUCCACUCUUUAAACGAAGAUAGCAAACAUCAGGAUAUGGAUUCUGAUGAAAGUCAGUUUGUAUUAGGUUUGGCUGGAAUUGUUACAAAUGUUGCUGCUUUAGCAAUUGGUCGUGAAUUCCUUGUUGGUUCAAAUCAGGUACUGCUGGACACAAUGAUUCAGUUGCUGAGAGAUAUGAAGCCAGGAUGUUGCACCAAACUAAAAGUGCUGAUGCUGAUGUCCUUAUAUAAUAUUAGUAUCAACAUGAAAGGUGUGAAGUAUAUCAGUGGAAAUGCAGGAUUCUUCCCAUUACUCUGGUGGCUUCUGAAUGAUCCAGAUCCAGAAGUAUGUUUUCAUGUAUUACGACUUCUCCAGUCCAUGAUUAUGGAGCCAGAGAUAUUAACUAAGUCAGCUCUUGAAAUACGUGACUCCCUACCACUUCCACGUAUCCUUAUGCUAUCAAAGAGCCGUAAUAAAGAUCUACAAAUUCUGGCCCAAGAACUGCUUGAGGACCUCAGAGUAUUAGAAGGUGAAAUGUAAGACUCUUGCUCAGGCUAUCCUUAACUUUGCAAGCAUACUUUUAAGUUCUGUAGUAAUUUGUAAAAUAUUAUACAUACUUUCUAAUAUAUCUGGUCACUGUAAUUAAAUGGUUCAUAUGCUUGGCAUUCCUGCACAGGAAUCCGAGCCGUAAGUAGCAUCUCAGAAUUUCCUGGCUUGUGAUGUAUCAGGUCUCUUAGAAAUACUGAGUUUAAUACCUGGAAUAUUUGUAAGGAGUGGGUGGAUUUACCAAUAAUCCUCCCUUAAUCAGAAUCUUACCUGAUAGCUAAGGGAUAUAGUUCAGAAUUUAUAUUUGCCAUAUCAUAGCUUGUUAAGGUAAAGUCAAGUACCUUUGGUC